AAUGACGUUUUUAAUUUUUUUUUAGAAUGUAAACAUUUAAUUGAUUUCAAAUGAAAUAAUGGUGCAUGAGACGCAUUUAUAAAUAGCUAUUUACAUUUAUUUAUUUCGUACAUUAUUUUGAGAGAACUUCAGAUAAAAAAGUAUGUUUCAAUUUAAGUGAUUUAAGAUACUUAAUAUAAAAAGAUUUAUGAAAUGGGUUGAACGAAGAUAAAUUUUGGUAAUUUCUAGAGUAACUAAGCAAAUCUUUUUAAUCUACCAUAAUAGCAUACUGUCCUUUAGACAAGGUGAGAUCUAGAGAUCGAGAAAGAGCGUGGAAGUUCACAAACGGACGGUGGGCUGUCAGAACCUUACCAAUAUGAUAUACAUAAAUAUCAUAAAGAGGCGAUUACAAAAUUGAUAUUACAUGAUUUGGAUGAUCCUCGUCUCAAUAUUUUAGAUUAUCCCUGUUAGGUACAAGAUUUGUUUAAAAUGUGCACUAAACUACGAGCACAAACAUCUAUCACGAAAAAAGAUUAAUCAUGAGAAAUGAGAAUCAUCAAAAAAAAAAUUAAAAAUCAAAUCGAAGCGGAAGAAAAACAAAUUAAAGAACUGAACGUCAAUGAUCCCAUACAAUGUUAGUUUAACUCUAUAUAAUUAUAACAUAACUCAUACUUAAAAUUUUAAAUGGUUUCAAACUGAGCCAACAAAAUGCAAAUGUUUUUUUUUAAACAUAUUACUAAAGAAAUUAAAACUGUGAACGAAUCCUAAAAUGGUCUAGCUAAAGUAUGAAUGUUUAUAUGUUUAGUUUUGAUCACUUUUCAGUUUUUAUUUAUUAACAAGAACUACUAAGAUCAUUAUUUUUGACAUCUUAUAAAAAAUUUAGCAAGAAUAUAAAAAUUUAAGUGUAUCGUUCUAUUUCUAAUUUAGCUGUUUAAAGUAGCUUCAUAUAUUUACUGGUUUUUAAAAAGAUCUUACUGUAUUCUUUAUUCCAAACUUAAUGAUGUUUUAGAAUAGCGCACAAUAAUUAAAUUAUUAUUAUUUACUUAAACAUAUCAUUAAAAUAGAAACUAAAAAUUGUUGACCAAUUUAUAGAAUACACUACAAAAUGUUAUAAACUAUACAGUUUUUGAUAUACUUAAAAGACAUAUAGGAAUAUGAAAACAUCUUACAUUUUGAAAAUCAAAAUCUUUCUUAAACAUCAUACAUUUCAAAACAGAAUGAGUAACUUUGAAAAAUCUACUAUAUUAAAUAUAAACGCUUAAAAUGUUUAAACUCACCAAAACAUUUUUUUUCAAUAAAAGGACUUAAACACUAAAACAUUGGCAGGACUAUUUAAAAAUCUAGCGCUCUCUUGAAAAGCGGCACUCUAUCAGUUGGAAAAACCAAUAAGAUUAAUACUGUAGAAGGUUAUGACUUAAGUCCCCUGUCACUCUGUCAGUUGGAACGCCAAAUAGCAAAAUUGUAAACACACGAGACGACUCUUCGGGACUCUGGUCCUAAUUCGAAAACACACCCAUGAAAAUGAAACUUGGAAGAAUUAGCGUUUGGGAUCACUGAUAAAUAAGGAGCUCCAUCAGUAGCUGACAUAGAGAGAUGUCAACAUCGCCGAGGCGUGACGACGGAAGAAGAGCUAGCGACAGAGGCUCCUCGAAGAAGCAACGGCUUCCUCAUGUUUCUGGAAACGAAUCCUCGGACGACUCAAGUUCCGCUGAAGAAGAUGACGUAGGAUCUCAAAAUGGCUCAACCGAGAGCUGUGAAAGAGUGCUACUUGUGCUGAGUGACGAUAGCGAUUCUGAUGAGGAGAUAAGGCUUACGGAUAUUCUUCGAUCAAGAAGACCACAGAGGCUUUCACCACCCAAAUCCAUGACGCUGCCGAACUCGGAUGUUCUUGAUUGCCCCUGUUGCUUCGAGCCAUUGAAGAGGCCUGUCUUUCAGUGUAAUAAUGGGCAUCUAGCUUGUUAUUCAUGCUGCACCAAACUGAAGAAGAAAUGCUCAUUGUGCGCAAUGCCCAUUGGGGACACUCGAUGCAGACCCAUAGAGAAGGUCAUAAAAACAUGCUUAGUCGCAUGUUCAAAUGCGAAAUACGGGUGUAAACAGAGCACUAGAUAUGACAAAGUAGCAAACCAUGAGAAGCUGUGUGUUUUCGCCCCAUGUUCAUGUCCUGUACGAAACUGUAACUACGUCGGUUCCUACAAGAAUCUCAACAACCACUUUCGUGCUACACACAAACGGAUUCCCGGUGAAAUCAUGUCGUUUGUGUUCAAUAGUCCUAAACUAUUUGGCCUGGAUCAUAAUGAUGAUCAGGUUAUUUUUCAGGAAGAGAAAGAAGGUGAUCUUGUUGUAGUUAAAGGUUUCAAGAGAUCCGAUGGUGUGUAUGUGACUGUGAGACGUAUUGCACCUAUAGUUAAAGAAAUUCCCAAACUCUCCUGCAGUAUAGCCAGACUCAAAGCGCAUAGCACACUACGUCUUGGAUUCCAGGUGGAGAAUGUUCAGAAAGUGGGAGAGCAGCAAGUGCAGCCUGAAGAUAAUUUCAUGUUGAUUCCAUCUCAUAUGUCGGGUUGUUGCCAUUGCAUGAAGAUGCAGAUUUGUAUCGGCAACGAAGAUGAUUAUACUCGUAUCUGAGAUACAUUUUGGUCUGUAGUAGUAGGUGACGUUUCUAAUAUAGUUUGUUGUAGGGAGGUGCAGGUCUUUGGAUUUUGAAACCUUCUUCUUUUGUCUGAUUGUCAUGUCCGUAUAGUUUUGUGCAUUGAACUUGCAGUGUAUAAUUUUAUCAAAUGUUUUUUUUCGCCCAAAUAAUAACUUUACACGUCUGGCUGGCGAUUCACGAAAACACAUUGUUUGGCUAGAUACUGUAUUCAAAUUUUACGUCAGCACUCGAGUGUCUUCAUUGAUGUUAUGUUCUAUGUAGUAACAAAGUCACUUUACACUCAACUUGAUGCGAAAGGUAUCCAAAUUGCUGUUUAAGAAUGUCCCUAUCACAUUGUAAGUUUUAUACAUAAGAGACAUUCAGCAGAUGGCUAACCCUACUUUCUGAUAUGCAUUCAAUAAUAAUUUUUUUUUUGCUAAAAAAUAUGCAUUCAAAAUGUUACGAGAAGCAAACCAUGAAGUUUAUAAGAGCAGCAUUAACGCAAAGAAAGAGAAAACUGGGUUUUUAUUAUUAUUAUUUUUUUUUGUCCGAUUUAAAAAAAAAAAAUUUUAAAAUGGACCAAUCGCAGGCCGCUACGUUUCAGUGGGGCCCGCGAACAGUACAGAAACUUUACCACACUCGCCUCUUGCAGAAGAGGAAGAAAGGGUGGGUUUUAACUUUUUGGUGGAUCCCAUAGCUCUUAAAACUCUUUAAAAUCCUGCGUUAAUGCUGCUCUAAGGCCAUCCGUAGUGAUAAUCCCUACACAAAAUUUUAACAUAAGAAAAUAUUAAAAAGACAAAAAGUAGGAAAGAAAUGAUGGAAAAAGGAAUAAUCGAUUGUUUCAGUAGAGACUUUAGAUAAAACUUAAGAGACUAACUACACAUGUCAGCGGUUUAACUGAUACACAUAUUUCUUUUAUGAUUAAGUUUUAAUUAUAAAACUAAAUUACUAUAAAUAUUUAUAUAAUAACAUCUAGAUACUCUUUGUGAGAGACUAAUCACUAAUGAUGCUCUAAAUAUUCCAUGUUUUACUACUUUUAAUCGACAAAUGGUUUGUGUACCAGAAAAGGUUAAACUUUCUUUUAUUCUUACAAUUAUAGACGAUGAUGAGGUGACACCGGAUGACGCACGGACGAUCAUUCCUAUGCAUAUGAUUAUUUGAUACUACAUCAGACAAUUCAUCAAGGUACAAAAGAGAACUUUAUUUUCUGAUCAUCGGUAUUAACUUUGAGAUGUGAUUAAGUUUUUGUGUGUCUUAGGCCAUAAGCAAUAUCAGAAGCUUGGAGAGCAAUGAAAUGCCAAAACAAGGCAGAUAAAAGAGAGAAUGAAACCAUUUACAUAACCCAUAUAAGCAAAAAAUCUCUUGACUAAUAAGAUUCAGAAAGCAAGAAAAAUUAAAAAAAAAUUAAAACAAAAUGAAUAAUAACUUGAUCUCUACAUCAAAACAUCAUUGUGGUCGACCACGAAAAAUCCAUCAGCACAAGACUUGGCCUUCUCCGUGUCCAGACCAACUUUGAGAUCUGACAUCAUCGUCUCAAGGCUCUUGAUGCGUUCCUCUUGUUGCUGGAUUCGAGACGCAUUAACAUCAUCUGAUAUCAUUAGCUCAAGAUUAUUCACUCGUUCCUCAAGUUUUUUAAUCCGAGACGCGUCAGUAUCUGACUCCUCCUUCUCCAAGGAAAUCUCUUUAGAUUUGAACUCUAAACAAUUCUUCACGAAACCAGACUCAAUAUUCUGCAAGCGUUGUUUGAUCCGAGACACCUCUAGGUCUUUUCCAUCAGUAGCUUCUAAAAUGUCAAUGUAGACUUGAAUGAUGAGUCUGUCCUUCUCCAGAAACCCUUUUGUUGGUAUUUUUCAAGAGGCAAGAACUUUCGUUGCCCCCAGGAUGGAUUCUCAGCACAGAAAAGGUGUCCACCAAGCCCUGUGAAGCAUUUUUUUAAAAGAAGAUUUUUCUUCACAAAUCACAUGUAUUAUGUUAUAGUUGCUAACUACACCUAAACUCAAACAUAAAUUUGGACUAGGUCACUAGCACGUAACUCUCUCUCUCUUUAGAUAUAAUCCAUUUCUCUUUGGAACCGAUCGAUAAGUGUGCUCUCUAGUGCAUAAACGUUUGUAAGUUCAAAACACAAAACAACAAUUAAACAAAAAAAAAACACUUAUUACUUGAUGAUCUGUAGAGCUCUUUGUGGCAUUGAUUCACCACGAUAAAAUAGUAAUUAAUACUUCUUUUCCAUCCACUUUGCAAUAAUUGAGUAUUUGCAACGCUCAGGUACAAAGACAAGUGAUCAUCACAGAGACUAUCUCCCUUUGGAUAAAGAAUGUUUACUUUUUAGGGAGUGAAAUUCUUGCUCUUCCUCUCAUAUGCUUUACCUUGUUUUUAUUAUUUUUGCCAAGGUAAACCAUAGUAUGAAACAACCGAUUGUAAUAAUUUACAAACUCUACCCAUUUUAAUGGAAUUCACAUUUUGGCAAAAAAAGAGUGUAUUGAAUGCAUAAAUCAGAGAGAUGAUCCAAGCUUGAUCUAGAAAUUGGCUGAAUAGUGACAGGUUCGGAAUAUACAUGUUCUUUAGGAUAAGUUGCGUUAAGUUCUUACAAAUCAAAGCAGAAUACUCAGAGGAGAGCAUAUGAUCCCGUGAUUCCAGUUGAUUGUUAGAGAAAGCGCAUGUGGUGUUGAUAUCUCUGUUCCAUUUGACCACACAAUGUGAAGUUGAUAGCCGAGUGAGGACUGCAACCGAAGGGAGAAAAAGAGUAUUUCGGAGUUGAAUGGGAAAUGAAAGUUCUCUUCGAAUAAUUUCCACCUGAUCCAUUUGCAUUCGAAGAGAACUUUCAUUUUUAGCCUGAAAUUAUUCUCCAUAAGUCAAUAAAUUCUCUGCUGGGAUGUGUUUUGAUCCACAUAUAUCAAAAAUCCCCUUAAGUUCAUUCAGUUGUUUUUUUCUUUUUGAAUUACCAAGAGGUUUUGUGUUUGGUUCACUAAUGGACCAAACACAAAACAUAAGUGACUAGAAAGAAGAAAACUAAAUCACUGCUUCUCAGCUUUGUAACUAGACCCACGAACAUUAUCAGAAAACAUAGUAGCGAGGAGUCUGAUUUUGGGGUCGUCGGCUUUCGACUCUUUACACGGGCUUUUGUUUUUUGAUUAAACAAAACAUUUUCCUAUUAAUAAUUUUUAAUGGCAAUUAAUAAAAUGAAGUUGGGGGUUUUUCGUACUUUCGUUUGCCCUAUGAAUUAGUCUAGUAAUUACAAAAUUUUAAGAAUUAGUCUAGUAAUUACAUGUAAGAUUUGAGUCAUUAUAAGUAAUUUCUCUAUAUUAUAUGCGGAUAAUUGAUACGAAACACUUUAAAUUCAUGUGAAUGUCUACAAUAAUGAGGUUAUAGUUUCGUUUAUUGAUUAUAUAGAUAAUCAAUUUAGCUGACAAAUAUGUUCCGUCACUUUCUUUUAUCUGAUAGAAAUCAGUUAUAAUAACUCUCAUUUACAGGUCCAUAAGCGAGAAUAUCAAUAGUGAUUUCUUAUGAUUAGGAAUCAGAUGCAUUUCAAACUACAAAUCCCUUAACUAGAGGUUAUACAUAUAUAGACAAUGUACCAAAAUUUGUAGUAAAAUAUAUUACACUGACGCAUAAUAAUAUAAAUAAUGCAGGGAAAGUACGCACCCGAAGUACUUCACAUUCUUAAGACACGUGAAAUCAUGCAUGCAUGGAUUUCAACUUAAACAAAUAAAAUAUCUUCUGACGAAAAAAAAACAAAUAAAAUAUCUUCUAAGAUAUAGUGCAUGCACGCUUCACAGUUCACACCGUUCUAUUGCUUUCUUUAUUUCUUAACAAUGUUUACUUUUUCUCAUAAAUGAUUUUUCACACCUUCUUGCGAGACAAUCUCAAUAUGAUUAGAGUAAGAAAUGUACAUGUAAGAAAGCCGUGAUCAAUGAAAUCGGUUGAUAAUAAAAAAAA